AUGCCAAGACACCUGCAUUUCGACCUACUACAGACGAACACCAACCACUCUGCCAGGGCACAGGACUUGCUCAUGCAGUGCCUGGCAGAGUGGAGAAUUGCUGUUGCGGUCGUGGCUGAACCCUACUUUGUCCCCCCCCAACCCAGUUGGUUCGGGGACACAGAGGGAUCAGUCGCCAUUGUGGCGCCGCCUUCGAGCCCGCAACCCCUCUCCCUCAGGGAGCGAGGAGCGGGCUACGUGGCGGUGAACUGGGGAGAAGUAGUACUCAUAGGAGUCUACUUCUCCCCAAACAGGAACCUCCGGCAAUUCGAGAGGUUCCUGGAUGGCCUGGAGCCGGUUGUGCAGAGAGCAUCACCGGCCCAGGUCAUCGUGAUGGGGGACCUCAACGCUAAGUGCGCAGCGUGGGGGUCCUCCAUCACUGACCUGAAAGGGGCGCUUCUCCGGGACUGGGCCGUCAUGAUCGGCUUAGUUCCGGAGAACCAAGGCAACGCCAACACGUGCGUGCGCCGACAAGGGGGAUCAGUCGUGGACGUCACGUUCGCGACCCCCGGCAUCGGUGCACGCAUAUCGUGUUGGCGUGUCCUUGAGGAGGUGGAGACCCUGUCCGAUCAUCUGUACAUCCGGUUCAGGGUCUCCACCGCGCCCCAGGGGUCACAGGCCCGGACGGCGGCGGCAGGACGGCGAGGCGCCCAGGGCUUCCCAAAGUGGCAGCUCUCGCGCCUCGACCCUGACCUGGCGGAAGAAGCCGCCAUCGUCCGGGCAUGGGCGGAGGAACCCCCCCAAACGGUGGGGGUCGAUUUCGCCGUGAUCUGA